CAGCAUAUGUCGGAAUCAUUAGUCGCUGACAAGCCGCAAAAUGGCAGAGACCAUAAAGUUGUUGUGUUUAUGUGUAAUUUUCAGUGUUAUUAAAACCAGUCGUACUCAACUUGGUAUUGCAGAACGCGAAGAUGAAGUAAAUAAUGGUUACAGCAAUCAGGAGAAGAGAACCUAUAGUCACAGAUUAAAUAAACCUUACUUUAAAAAUGAAAAUUCCUAUCAGAACGCGAGGGACACUUUAAAUGAAAAGGAAAAUAAGAACAAAAGUCAAAACAUUAAUAUUCCAAGUCAAAAUAUGAUGCAAACUGCAAAUACGACGAAGAAAUCCAGUCAAAAUGUAGAGGGAAAUUUGAAUCAAAAUGUGAUAGAAACUGAUACGAAGAAAACAUUGAGUCACGAUACCACUGAAAGUUCAGAUCAAAAUUUACCAGUCAGUUCAACUGAAAACCUGGUUAAAAUUUCUAAUGAAACAGUGACCAACAUUUCAAGUGAAGAUAUUAUAGAAAUAAGUCGAAUUAAAAUAGAAAUUGUGAGUGCAAAUGUGACGAAUUCUUCCGAUGUAAAUAUGAAGGAAACUUCAACUGAAAAUGUGGAGUUAAAUCGAAGUGUAACAGAAACGUCGGCUCGAAAUAUAACAGAAACUCCAAGUGAAAAUGAGUCAAAAACCUUUCAUGGAAAUAUGACGAUAUCUUCCAAUGAAAUUGUGACCGAGAAUGUGGUAUUGAACCAAAAUGGGACAGAAAUUCUAGUGCAAAACGAGACAGACACUCAGACUGGAGUUGGGAGGAAUAUUUUUAUUGAAAAUGAAACUUCGACUUUGAAAACUGUUACUAAAAAGAAUGUAACAACAACGCUUGUGCCAGAAGAAAAUAUGAUUAGAGAAUGUGAGACACCGAAUAACAGCUCUGGAUUCUGUGUAAAUAUCAGAUCGUGUCCUAUCCUUGUACAACAACUGAAUAAUAAGGAAAUGUGGCCCUUUAUACGGGCAUCCUCGUGUGGUAUAUCCAAAGAUGGUAACCCCAAAGUAUGUUGUGAAAAACACAGUAACUUCCAAAAUGAUAAAAAUAUUGCAAAACUGUGUGGUUACCAGGAGCAGCAUUUCCGUCAAAGGAUAAUUGGUGGUAGAGAGGCUUCUCUAGGUGAAUUCCCUUGGAUGGCUCUUCUUAUACACAGAAACAAAAGGGGCGAGAACAUACUCGGUUGCGCGGGUUUUUUGAUAGGUGUAAAAUACGUCAUUACAGCAGCCCAUUGCACACACUCCAGUGCCACUAAACAAAGAGGACCAAUAAUUUCUGUUCUGUUAGGAGAACACAAUACGCAAACAACUGUAGAUUGCUCAGGAAAUGACUGUGUUAAAAAUAUUCAGAAUAUAAUUAUUGAUAAAGUGACGACUCAUCCUAAUUAUGAUCCUAAAAUCUCAGGACAAUUCAACGAUAUCGCUAUUAUUAAACUAGGACAAGAGGCUGUAUUAACAAAUUUCGUUCAACUCAUUUGUCUGGUAAUGGACGAUACUCAACCUUCUACUAAAUAUACCUUAAGUGGUUGGGGCAAUACUGAGAAAGGAGCAAGAAGCGAAAUAAAGUUGAAGGUAGAAGUACCCCUGUUCGACAAAGCUCAGUGCAUUAAAAAAUAUUCUUUGUACAACAUAAAAAUCGUUGAUACUCAAAUCUGCGCUGGAGGAGAGUACCAAAAAGAUUCCUGCGCAGGAGAUUCUGGAGGUCCCCUGAUGAUGUCUGAUGAUAAGGGAAUUUGGUAUGCAUCCGGCAUUGUGAGUUUCGGUAUGGGCUGUGGAGAGACAGGAUGGCCUGGGGUAUACACGAACAUAACGAAUUUUUUGCCCUGGAUCAAAUCUCAAAGAACAAGAAGCGAAAUAAAGUUGAAGGUAGAAGUACCCCUCUUCGACAAAGCUCAGUGCAUUAAAAAAUAUUCUUUGUACAACAUAAAAAUCGUUGAUACUCAAAUCUGCGCUGGAGGAGAGUACCAAAAAGAUUCCUGUGCAGGAGAUUCUGGAGGUCCCCUGAUGAUGUCUGAUGAUAAGGGAAUUUGGUAUGCAUCCGGCAUUGUGAGUUUCGGUGUGGGCUGUGGAGAGACAGGAUGGCCUGGGGUAUACACGAACAUAACGAAUUUUUUGCCCUGGAUCAAAUCUCAAAUGACGUAAUCAUAAGAAAUUAAAGGAAAAAAUACCCGAAGGAAUCUAGCAGGUUAAGUAUGGGCGACGUAAUCCACUACCAAUUACAAUAUUUAUUUUGAGAAAUUAUAGAUCUCCCCCUUUCAAAAGAAAUAUAUGGGUGGAAACUCUUAACUUUACAUUUUUUUUUUGCUAAAAUACCAAUGUGUAGGAAAAAGGUUUUCUAUAAAUUAAAUGACCAUAAAACAUCCUUUUUGGUUUUCCUAGUGGAUAUUCAAUCUAAGUAAAUCCAUAAUGUCGUUAUUUUUUAGUAAAAUGAAUAUCCCACUUAUUUUAAAAUGAUUAAUUUAAAAGGAUUUAUGAUUCUUUAUUGCUGAGCUUAUAAAAGGGAAAUGGUAAAAAAGUUAGGCAAGUUUAAAAACAAUUAUAUAUAUGAAAACAUCAGUCACAAAAGUUUUAUGGCAAAGGAAUUAGGCAAAUGUAAAAAAUAUUACGCCUUUAUUUCGACUUGGGACUUCUAAUGUUAUCUUAAUAAAUUUAAUUUUUAAUUAAUUACGUAUUAUGAUAUUUACAGUAUUUUUUACAGUAUUUCACCAUGUCAGCACUUCUGAAACUUUCAUAAAUAAAAUUUAACAGGUGAACUGUAACUUAUGAUUUUUAAAAACCUAACUUGAGGGCAUGUCCAUAAAAACUGCCAUAAAAAAUGUUUCUCUGAUCUGUUCGGAAAGAAAUAUAAUACAAAAAAAAACCUGGUGCGAUAUUGAGAAAUACUUACUCCUUUCUUUUAAUAUUUUGGGUAGAAAUCGAGAAAAAAAAUUGUAUAAUUAAGAGCUACUACUCUUAUAUUUCUCUUAAAAGGGAGGGCUCUGAUCUAAAAUUUACCAAACUUUAGAUAAUAAGCAGUAUUUUGAGAAUAUACACGCUGUAAUUGGUACUGGGGUAGUUUACCCAUGCUUACUCUGCUAGUCUCUGUUUGCUUCUUUACAUAUGUUAAAAGUAUACAUAAAAUGAGAAAACUUAAGUUAAAAGACAUGUUAUAAAUAUUAAAUAAAUGAUAAUUA